AUGGUUGAUCAACGAGACCGACUAGCCGAGAAGUUGGAAACCGCAGAGACCAAGCUCAUUCGACGAGCAAACAAAGUUCGCACUCAGGCAAUCAAAACAGGCGAAUUGAAUAUCGAUACAUGUCUGGACUGCGAAUCAAGCAAUCCAGCAUGGUCUCACAAGGUCGAACGUCCCAUGCAUCGACUGAGACUAUUUGGCGAAAAAGUCGACUCUAUCCACUGGUAUCGGGCAGAGCUCGCAAAGAAAACCGAAGAAGUAUCAAAUCUGCAAGCAAAACACCAAAAUGGCGAAGCGAAACAGCUCAGUGCAAUCUUUGUCGAAUUCAACAGCCAGGCCGAUGCACAAAUCGCCCUACAAACCCUGUCGCAUCACCAACCGUUUCAUAUGACGCCUCGCUUUACUGGAGUGUCGCCCCGCGAAGUGGUAUGGUCGGCAUUGAAUCUUAGCGGGUGGCAAAGAAUUGUGAGAAGAUUCGCAGUCCAGGGAUUUUUGGCAGCAAUGGUCAUCUUUUGGUCAUUCCCUGCGGCAAUCGUUGGUGCAAUUUCGAACAUCACAUACAUCUGCAAAUUGAUUCCCUUCCUUGGGUUCAUCCUUGACUUGCCCGAUUUCAUAAGAGGUGCAAUUGAGGGUCUUCUGCCUGCCGCAGCUCUAGCGGCUUUGAUGUCACUAGUGCCGAUCAUAUGUCGCAGUAUGCUCUCCAAGUUCGUAUUCCUCCGAACCAUUGCUAACUUCUACACAGUAUGUGCUAGACGUGCUGGAGUCCCAUCAAAGGCACGAGUUGAGCUGUUCACACAAAGCGCCCACUUUGUCUUUCAAGUGGUCCAAGUGUUCUUGGUUACGACCCUGACAUCGGCUGCGUCGGCUGCUACUGCACAAAUUAUCAAAGAUCCUCUCUCAGUCAAAGACCUGCUGGCACAGAACCUACCCAAGGCGACGAAUUUCUACAUCUCUUAUUUCCUGCUGCAGGGAUUGAGCAUGAGUUCCAUGGCCCUUGUUCAAAUUGUCAGCGCCUUGGUGUUCAAAUUCGUCACCACCUUCUUUGCCUAUUCCCCUCGUCGUCUGUUUCAAGGAUGGGCCGAACUGGCCAGUCUCAGCUGGGGCAACGUCUUCCCCAUCUUCACCAACAUGGCUGUAAUCGCGUUGACGUAUUCAUGCAUCGCACCUCUGAUUUUGGGAUUUGCCUUCCUCGGACUUUAUCUUGUAUACCAAGCCUAUCGAUAUAACUUCCUCUUCGUAUAUGAAAUCCAAGUCGACACAAAGGGGCUAGUCUACCCACGAGCCCUGCAACAUUUGUUAACGGGUCUCUACCUGGCUGAGAUUUGCUUGAUAGGACUUUGCGCCAUCAAGGGCGCUGUUGGCCCAGUCAUCAUCAUGGCCCUCUUCAUGGUUGGCAACAUCCUAGCACACAUGUCGCUCAACGAUGCACUCGCCCCACUGAAUACUUUCUUGCCACGAUCCCUCGACGUCGAAGAGGAACUGCUUCAAGAGAAAGAAGAAGCAGUGGCAGCGAUCAACGAAGAGCGCCGUCCACGCGCAAUGGCCUUCUGGAGAUGGUUCCAUCCGAACGUAUAUAAAGAUUACGCGGCAUUGCGUCAAAAGGUUCGCCGUGAUGUCGAGGGGGUCUGCUACACACCCGAAGAGAUGCGCACAGCAUAUUUCGAGCCAUGUGUAGCAUCACCACCACCGACUUUGUGGAUUCCACGCGAUAAGUGGGGGUUCAGUAGCCAUGAGGUCAUGGAGACAGAUUCGAUAAUCAGUAUCACGGAUGAGGGUGCGCACUUAAAUGAGAAGAACAAAAUCGUGUGGGAUAAAUAUGACCCUCAUCUUCCUUUGCGGGAAUUGAAAACCCUAUAUUGA